UUCCUGUUGAGUCGGCAUCGGAAAAUUUUGAAGGUUGGGUGAUAAUUAUAUCGUAAACACGUUUGUAGUUUCAAAAAUCUCUUGAGAUGUAACUAUGAUUACUUGUGAGUGGUCAACUAGAACCUUUUCAUACAGGUUCUUGGUGGACACUGUGGUCUACGAGUUCCCAUGGCCAGAAUCACCCUCAAUCUCCCCAAUGCUGUAACAUUACAAUGGACCAGAAUCCAACACAGCUUCUCUGCGCGGCAAAUCACUGCCGCUGUCUUCUGCUGCAUUCUUCUGGGAGUGCUCCUGUUUGCUUUUAUGGAAAUGUAUCUAGUUGGUUCUACAGGGUAUCACAGCAGCACAGACACACACGGGUCUCAUCGGUCAGUCCCCACAGGUGACCCCCAUCCUGUCCUAGGGCCUGGCGUCAGAUAUGGUAUUGUGAUAGACUGUGGCAGCAGCGGAAGUCGUAUUUAUGUUUAUUUUUGGCCGCCUCAUUCUGGAAACGCCAGGGAUUUGCUUAACAUUCAACAAUUAAUGGGACAAGAUGGGAAACCUGUGGUGAAGAAAAUCACACCAGGCCUUGAUAAGUUUGAAAAUAACCCUGGAGCAGCAAGUGAGUACAUCCGCCCAUUACUGAAGUUUGCAGCCUCUUACAUCCCUAAAGAACAGCAGAAAGAGGCUUUACUUUUUAUUCUUGCCACUGCUGGUAUGCGCAUGAUCUCAUCUACAGCACAGAAAGCAAUAUUUAAUGAUCUCAAGACUGACAUUGCCAAGGAGUUUCCCUUUGUGAUAUCAGACAGUAAUUUAGAAGUGAUCAGUGGGAAGCUGGAGGGUGUUUAUGCCUGGAUAGCUGUUAAUUAUGCAUUACGCAAAUUUGACCAUGGAGAGGAAGAGCACCCGUUGGUGGCUGUUGAGGUGCCUGGACAGUCAGCCAAGAGGACACACAUCCGCAGGCGGACUGUGGGGAUGAUAGACAUGGGAGGUGGCUCUAUGCAAAUAGCAUUUGAAGUAACAUCAAAGUCUGCAACAAUCCCUCCACAUAGAGUUGUUGAGUUUAACCUAGGAUGUCAACAAAACGACUUUGAUCACACAUACAGAGUGUAUGUCUCUACUUUCUUGGGUUUUGGGGCCAAUGAGGCAAGGGACCGCUAUGAAGUGAUGCUUACAGAGAAUGCUGAUCAUUCCAAUGUUACACAAAGACAGAGUGAUAACACAGAAAACUCGACCCUUAACAGUCACUUCAGCCAUAACCAUGGCAAACGAGUCCUACCAGACCCCUGCCUUCCCCCAGGCUUGUUCUAUGAGAGAGAAGACGAGGAAGGCCACACCUACUUUUUCCAUGGGACUGGGGAUUACCUUGUGUGCCAGAAAGCUGUUUAUUCUCUUCUCAACCUAUCAGCCCAAUGUGAACAGGAAGCAUGCUCUAUGAAUGGAGUUCACCAGCCCGAGAUACCAUACCAAAAAACAGAGUUCUACGGCUUCUCUGAGUUCUGGUACACGAUGCAGGACAUUUUCAGGAAGGGUGGCCUGUAUGACCAUGAAGACUUCCAAAAAGAUGCACAGAAAUUUUGCAGUACUAAGUGGGCAACCCUGCAGUCUCGUGUAGAGCAGAACCUGUACCCUAAAGCUGAUGAUCAGCGCAUGAAGUUGCAGUGUUUCAAGUCAGCAUGGAUGACCUCUGUUCUUCACCAAGGUCUUAAGUUUCCACAGACCUACCACCAACUCCACUCAGUUAACCUCAUCAACAGCAGGGACAUCCAGUGGACACUAGGGGCCCUCAUACAUCGCACCCGUUACUUGCCUCUCAGGGAUGUAGAAAGAUUUGAAACUCAGCAUGCCCAGCCCUCCAAUGUGAAGAGUUCCUGGUCUCUGUAUAAUAGUUACGUGAUAAUCGUGUGUAUCUUUGUUGUGGUGAUGGCCAUCCUGUUAUACAUGCACCGCCUUCAAGUGCGACUGUGUCCAACUCGGAAAGAUUUGAAAAGAGUGCCUUCACACUCCUUCUUCAACACUGAUGAGGAUCCCUCUAGUUACCAGUACGCAUGAUUGUCCUUGAACUGAUGACAAUGAAGAGGAUCCCUCUAGUUACCAGUACGCAUGAUUGUCCUGUAACUGAUAAAAAUGACGAGGAUCCGUCUAGUUACCAGUACGCAUGAUUGUCCUGUAACUGAUGACAAUGACGAGGUUCCCUCUAGUUACCAGUACGCAUGAUUGUCCUGUAACUGAUAAAAAUGACGAGGAUCCGUAUAGUUACCAGUACGCAUGAUUGUCCUGUAACUGAUGACAAUGACGAGGUUCCCUCUAGUUACCAGUACGCAUGAUUGUCCUGGAACUGAUGACAAUGACGAGAAUCCCUCUAGUUACCAGUACGCAUGAUUGUCCUAGAUGAUGACAGCAUUGUGAACUUGAUUGUCGAGGAACUGAUAACAGCAUUGUGAUACAUGCUAGUGUAAAUAGUACCUCACAGAGGUUCUACUGGUAUUGUGAUACUUGUCAGCAUAGAAAAUACCUCCCAAACCUGACCUAGACAAUUCAAUUACGAAUGAUCACACAUGCAUACAGCAUUUAUAUAAUAGACAGUGUAAAGUUUUACACGUAAAAGUGCUUUACAUAACUAUGUAAAACAAACAGAAAAUCAACACAUGUUAUAGUCAAAGUUGAUUACCAAAGGAUACGUUUCUUAUAAGAAACUAAACAUUGAAUUCAACAAUAUACACAAGUAUAGCCGACUGACUACUUUACACAUUGACUCAUGACAGUGCUACUCAC